AUGGAGGUUAACGCAUGCAAUAUUCAAGUUCUUCUGCAAGCUGCCGAAUAUUUGGACCGAAGAGAGAGAGAAGCAGAACAUGGUUAUGCGUCCGUACUACCACACUAUAGCAGAGGGGUAGUCGAUAAACGAAGCAAACAUAAAGCCAAGAAGAAUUCUCCUGGGAACAGCAGGUCAAUUCACAAUGAAUUGGAAAAACACAGGCGGGCUCAGCUGAGGCAUUACCUGGAGCAGUUAAAGCAGCAGGUUCCUCUGUCUUCUGACUCAGUGAGAAAUACCACACUUAACCUACUGAGACAGGCACAAUUACACAUUAAGAACUUACAGGAGCAGGAUGAGAGAGCUGAGCUCCUAAAGGAUCAGUUGCGUUGGGAACAGAGGGAGCUACGUGUUCGACUGGAGCAGUUGCAGGGAACUGAGAGGAUGCGGAAUGACAGUCUAGGCUCUACCAUGUCUUCUGAGAAGUCUGAUUCAGACAGAGAGGAUGUUGAGGUUGAUGUUGAGAGCAUGGUUUGGACUCUGGAGUCAGAUGGCCUAGGCACAGCACAAGCUGAGGUAGACCACAGUUACUCUACCCCUGACCGAGCCUGGUUAUGA